UGGGGGAAGGAAAAGAGGAGACCUCGUGGGAUAAAUAAGAAAAGUGAGGAAGCGAUAUCCUUCACACACACACACACACACACGCCCGCCCUCUCUCUGCUUCGCUCGCCCAAUCACGUUUUAAUGACUCUCACAUUUUCCUCCUCCGCCGCAACCGUUGCCGUUGCAGUCGCAACCGUCACUUCCUCGGCCAGAGUUCCGUUUCAUCCACUCGUUUCUCCGACUCUUCGCGGCUUCGUCUCCUUCAAGAAGCUGCCUCUUCGUUCGCGUGGCCGUGGCGGCGCAUCGUCGCUGAGUGUGAGAGCGAUGUCUGAGCUUGUUCAGGAUAAGGAAUCUGUCGUCGCGGCUAGCACUUCGUUCAGGGAGAGUAGUAAUACGACUCCGAGCGAGCUCAACCAUUCCCGUACCUUCUUGGAUGCGCGAACUGAACAAGAUCUUAUCUCCGGAUUAAGGAAGGAACAAGAAGCUGGAAGGUUACCUCCCAAUGUUGCAUCAGGAAUGGAAGAAUUGUAUUGGAACUACAAAAAUGCAGUUUUAAGUAGUGGAGUUCCCAAUGCAGAGGAGACUGUUUUAAAGAACAUGUCUGUUGCUUUCGAUCGCAUGCUUCUUGGUGUCGAGGAUCCUUAUACUUUUAAUCCAUAUCACAAAGCCGUCAGAGAGCCAUUUGACUACUACCAGUUUGUCCAUAUGUACAUCCGUCCCUUGAUUGAUUUCAAAAACUCAUACGUUGGCAAUGUUUCUAUUUUCUCUGAGCUGGAAGACAAGCUUCGUCAGGGACACAAUAUCGUGUUAAUCUCAAAUCAUCAAAGUGAAGCUGAUCCAGCUGUCAUUUCCCUGUUACUUGAAGCACAAUGUCCCUACAUAGGAGAGAACAUUAAAUGUGUGGCUGGUGAUCGAGUCAUCACUGAUCCUCUUUGUAAGCCGUUUAGUAUGGGAAGGAAUCUCAUAUGUGUCUACUCGAAAAAGCACAUGAACGAUGAUCCUGAGCUUGUUGAUAUGAAACGAAAAGCAAACACGCGAAGCUUAAAGGAGAUGGCUACAUUGCUAAGGUCUGGCUCCCAACUAAUAUGGAUUGCACCAAGCGGUGGAAGGGACCGCCCGGAUCCUUCUACAGGGGAAUGGUUUCCUGCACCCUUUGAUUCUUCUUCUGUGGACAACAUGAGAAGACUGGUUGAACAUUCUGGUGCUCCUGGACAUAUCUAUCCAAUGUCUUUACUUUGCUAUGACAUCAUGCCUCCUCCACCCAAAGUUGAGAAAGAAAUUGGAGAGAAAAGAUUGGUUGGGUUUCACGGUACCGGACUAUCAAUUGCUCCUGAAAUCAACUUCUCAGAUGUAACAGCAGACAGUAGCAACCCGAAUGAGGCGAAAGAAGCAUACAGCCAAGCUCUGUACAAGUCGGUGGAUGAACAAUACAAGACUCUAAACAGUGCAAUCAAUCACAGAAGAGGAGCGGAAGCAUCAACUUCAACAGUCUCUCUGUCACAACCCUGGAAUUAAUCUCUCAAGUUGUGUUAGGGAUACACAAUCAAAUGCAGAUAUUAUCACAGGUUUUCGUAGGGAGUUACUUCACUAUCUUCAAAAAAUAUUUUCCAAAGCUUCUCUCCCUGAUGAAACAAAGAAACAGGUACUAUCUUGGUUUCUUUACGUGGUAACAAAAGUUGGGGGUUUGUGUACAUAUGAAUAGUGAGAGACGACAAACGCUAUGUUGCUAGUCUCCUUUUGGAUCAUCACAUAUGCGUUCUUCACAUGUAAUAUUCUUCUUUUUUUUUUUUUU